GUACUCUGGGAAUGUGUGACUAGAUACAGGAAUUCUGCUACCCGUUUCCUUAAAAACAAAUAAGAAGAAAAAAAUAACUGGAAACUGAUUAAUCAAAGUCACUUUUAUUACAUAUAGUCAUUUAGCAGACGGCUUUUAUAUAAAAAAAAAAAUUAUAAACAUAUUAUUAAUAAACUGUAUAUCACCAUUCUGAAUAAAUAAACUCAUUCUAAACGAGCACGAAGUGAUGCAUGUUCGUGCGGGGUUUGAGGGCGCAGCUCGGGAUUGCAGCUCCGACAUUGAAAUCCAAAUGGAAGCGAAACCCAGCCGAGCCAUCCGUGAUGAGAGCUGCAAGCAGGGGAGAGAUUGAAAAUGCGGAUGUCUCUUUAGAAAGAGAAAUGAGCGGAUCGAGAGAGCUGCGCGCUGACUGGAAGGAGAGCGAAAGAGAUGGAGGCGGGGGGAAGUCUCUCAGCUCUGCGGGGACUGGAGCGCCCGUGCCCUGGACCGGCGGCGCAGUGCUGGCUAACAUUCAACCCUCCCCUUGUUCCACAACCAGUUCCACACACAGGCAGCGACAGGUAAGGUCUGACCAGCGCCUCAUGCUAUCAACCGUUUGGUAAACAAACAUUGAAAAAAAAAAUAUCGUCUUAGACACAAAAAUAAAAACAUUGCAUUUGAAUUUAAAUGUAUUUGCUUAGCUUUUGUGGAUCUUUUUUUUUUUUUUUUUUAAGACGCCGCGUUUAAAUUCGCGUUGACAGUGCAAGGCACGGUACAUUCCGAGGUCGCCGAAUUUCCCGUCCUGUGACUCGAGGAAAAACAUACUCCUAAUAUCUACUACAAGCGUCCAGUUUCUACUACUGGCGCCUGAAUCUUACACAAGUACACGCCAAUAUCAUUAUUAAACGUGAUACGGGCACAUCAGUUCGCGUUGGAGCCCUUGUGGUCGUCUUUAUUUCCGAGUCAGGACUCCAUGAGGCUCGUGGAGGGAAGAACCAGCAGCUUCUGGUUCGCCAUCAGGGAGCUCCGUUAUACUUCUCACCGUGUGGGCUUGUUUUCGAUUGCGCCUCCGUGUGAGCAAAGUUCGUGAUCACAACUGGCAGUUUAUCGUUUAUAUCUGUGUUUGAGGAGCAACCCGGGUAAGUUCCAAGCCUAGGCGUACCAUUUUAAGCUCGUUUUUUUGUCGGUUGAGGCGAGUUAGACUUGAAGCAUGUAUGGCGGCUCUAGAACAGUCGUCACGCCUGUGAAGCGUUCUCUCUCUCGGCUGUUACAUUUUUCCUUUGUGACGAGUGGGAACAAAACGAUGCAUUUGAUCAAAAGAUGUGAUACUUUUCGAAUCCAGUCAUAAUUCUGAUUCAAUCACCGUGUAUUGAGUGCCUUUAACCGUAUAUUUAUUUAAUUUCUAUUUUUCAAGCUUUUGAAGACCCUACUGCUAACCGCCGCCAUACGGCUGCAAACACUUUGCUUUCACCCCGCGUUCCUCGUCAGUACAAAGUCGGGGUAAACAACCAUUUUUCUUUACGAGUAAUUCCAAGCAAUGAAUGGAGAAAUGGACCCCUCAGCUAAAGACCCCGUUUGGGAGCAGGAUGACAUGUUGAAGCUGUUGGAUGCCAUGAAGGGGAAUCUGCCUGAAAAGGAUCAAGCCAAGUACAAGACAUCUGAGUCCCAUCUGGACUGGGAGAAAGUGGCUUUCAACUCGUACUCUGGAGAGAUGUGCAAACAGAAAUGGCUGGAAGUUUCACGCGAGAUACGCAAAUUCCGCACACUCACGGAAUUGAUUGUGGAUGCACAGGACUACAUCAAAAAUCCCUACAAAGGAAAGAAACUGAAGAAACACCCAGACUUCCCCAAAAAGCCAUUGACACCAUAUUUUCGUUUUUUUAUGGAAAAACGAGCCAAGUACGCUAAACUACAUCCAGAGAUGAGCAACCUAGAUCUCACCAAAAUCCUUUCGAAAAAAUACAGGGAGCUGCCAGAGCGUAAGAAAGAGAAAUAUGUGAAAGAUUUUCUCAGAGAAAAAGAGUCUUUCAUGGCCAGCAUGAUGAAGUUCAAGAAGGAUCAUCCCGACCUUCUAGAGAAUGGUAACAAGAAGUCUAAUGUUCCAGAGAAGCCCAAGACACCGCAGCAGCUGUGGUAUAGCCAUGAGAAGAAGGCCCAUCUCAAAGCACACCCAGAUGCGACCACCAAAAACAUCAAGGAUAGUAUUGGCAAGCAGUGGCCACAGCUCUCAGACAAGAAGAAGAUGAAAUGGAUCAUGAAGUCACUGGAACAGAAAAAACUGUAUGAGGAGAAGAUGCGUGAGCUUAUACAGCAGCACCCAGAGAUGAACAUCACAGAGGAGGACAUUGUCAAAUCCACUCUGACCAAAGCAGAGAGACAGCUCAAGGACAAGUUUGACGGGCGGCCAGACAAACCACCAUGCAAUGGUUACUCAAUGUUUUGCGCUGAGCUGAUGUCCAGUAUGAAAGACGUUCCAAGUACAGAGCGUAUGGUCAUGUGCAGCCAGCGCUGGAAAGUCCUCAAACAGAGCGAGAAGGACGCAUACCAAAAACGCUGUGAACAGAAAAAAAAAGAAUAUGAGGUCGAGAUGAAUCGCUUCUUAUUAAGUAUCUCAGAAGAGGAACAGCAGAGAAUACUGGGUGAACAGAAGAUGAGCGGCUUUAAAAAGGGAGGUGAUGGCAGUCUUGCCUCCAAAAAGAAAAGCUCCAAAGCAAAGUCUGCAGAGAAACCUAAGCCCCCUGUCUCGGCAAUGUUCAUUUUUUCGGAAGAGAAGCGCCCUAAACUUCAACAGGAAAGGUCCGAUCUGUCUGACAUGGAGCUCACCAGACUACUGGCCCGUAUGUGGAAUGAGCUUUCUGACAAGAAGAAGGAGAAGUAUAAAAAUCUUGAAAUAACGCUGAAGGCAGACUCGGAAAAGAACAGCGAGGAGAAAGGAAAACGUCCAGAAACGCCCAAAACAGCUCAGGAAAUCUGGCAACAGAGUGUCAUUGGAGACUAUCUUGCCAGAUUCAAGAAUGAUCGGAUGAAAGCUCAGAAGGCCUUGGAAGCCACCUGGAACACCAUGGAGAAGAAAGAGAAGAUUGUGUGGAUCAAGAAGGCUGCAGAGGACCAGAAAAGAUACGAGAGAGAGCUGAGUGAGAUGCGGUCUCCUCCUCCCGUCUUUACCCCGGGAAAGAAAAUGAAAUUUGAAGGGGAACCUAAGAAACCACCCUCGAAUGGUUAUCAGAAGUUCUCUCAGGAAAUGCUGUCAAAUGGCGAGCUGAACCAUCUGCCCAUGAAGGAGCGGAUGGGUGAAAUCGGAGGUCGCUGGCAGCGACUAUCUCUGAAAGACAAGGAUCGUUACAAAAAGAUGGCAGAGGAGAAACAGAGGCAGUACAAAGUGCUGCUGGAGCAAUGGCUUGCGAGUUUAUCAUUGCAAGAGAAAGCUGUGUAUAAAGAAUAUAAUUCUCUGAAACGGAGGAGUACAGCAAAACCAGGUGGCACCAAUGCUAAAGUGAAACCCAAGGCCAAAACAUCAGAUGAUGAUGAUGACGAUGAUGAGGAGGAAGAAGAGAAGGAAUCUGACGAUGGAUCAUCCUCUAGCGAUGACAGUGAUGACGACGAUGAUGAUGAAGACGACGAUGAUAAUGAGGAAAACAUGGAUGACGAAGAGGUGGAGGAUAAGGAGAAUAAAUCAGAAAGCAGCAGCAGCGCCUCCAGCUCAGACGACUCGUCAGCAUCCGACUCAGACUGAGCCAGAGCCGAUUCAGGCCGAGCCCACAGACUGCCAGAAAUGCUGUGAACUGAGCCACAAGUCACGGGUGUGAGCCUGCCCUGCACUGUGCUCUGCCCACCACCAGAGGGAGAUCACCCCACUGUAACACAUCUAUGCCCACCCAGCUACCCCUCUUUCUCUCUCACACACAGUCUUUCCCCUGCUUCUGUUCUGUAAUCCCCUGUGCAUUCAGUUAUAUUUGUUCCUCUAUAAAUGUGCUUGGCAAGGUUUAAGGCAAACAAAAUGCGUACGAGGAUGCAUAAUCUAAAUUCCUUCCUCUGACACAAUGCUGAUCACUGAAAAGUGUAAAGUGCUCUGCUAUUGGCUUGUAGUCAUUAUGAGGCAUCAUUAGGAUGCAUCAAGUUUCUAAUUUAAAGGUAGGAUUUCAGAGGAGAUCAAGAGCACCAGGUGCCAUUUUCUUUUUCCUAUAUGAGCCAAAGAAUCUCUUUAAGUUUUGCAGAUUUAUUUAGGUACAGGGGACCAAAUAAUUGCACUCUGAAGAAUGUCUGCUUUCGUACUCUCCAUCUGUACCUUUCACUAGCGUUGUUUCUCUCCAGCUGGUCCUUUUACUUGCUCCCUCCAUUUUUGUUUUAGAUUUUUUUUUUUUUUUUCGCUUCUUCGGUUCAAAAAAUGUGGUAUUUGUAGGAACAAUGAAGCCAUUUUGAAUGUCACUGCAUGGACCCUGCUGGUCGCUCACUUGCUGCUUGUUUAUAAAGCAUUCAUGCACCAUCCUUCCUUGCACCUGAUGAGGGUCAGGAGGUUACAGGUGAAAAUGGACUAUUUAUUUUCAUCCUGUUUUAGGAACAGGCUGUUUUGCGCUUUUGACAAAGCCAAGAAACCAGCAGAUGGAUUCCAGAUAGCUGUUCAGAUAAUUAAAACAACCAAUGUUACGUAAUACUAGUUCAUCAGUUAAUUGUUCGCAGAAAUAAGUGUUUUGUUUUUUGCUGAUUGGGCACCAAACCGUCUUCUCAUUUGUUAAUAAUGGUUACAUAUUGUUAAAAGCUGAAGUUGUUUUUCCUCUUUCCAACCACUGUUUUCUUUUUAAAAACUUGAUACAUUUUAAAUAUAUGAUCGAUACGAGUUACCCCACAAUUCAGUGCACUUAUGAUGAAAUGCCAAGCUCACAAGCCCAGUUCUUUCAGUUUUCCUCUGUCUACAUUUCAGUCAUAACCCUAUAAUGUCAACCACUUUGAAGGUUUUUUUACACACCAGCUCAAGGAAUGUAAUGGAGAUGUUUUAUUUAAGCGAGGGGUACCGAUAUUUGUUGUGUGUUUGUGUGUAUAUAUAAACAGAUUUUAGGGUAACUGGUAUAUUCUCUAAAUUCCAAUGCCCUGGCCAGAAAUAGUGACUAAAUUAAGAUGGAAACCCACAACCCAGCUCCUGACACGAGUUACAACCUCUUCAGUAUUUGUACAUAGCCAUUAACUAGAUAUGGGUGCAGUAAAUAAAUGGUUCCCCAUUAACGAAAAUUGGGCCUUAUUAAUUUGAAUCUGUAUGCUGUAUUUGCUCCACCAGGCAUGUCAAAACUUGUUCAGUUUGUUUAUUGAUGAUUUGAGUGACGGGCCAGGAUGGGAGAUUCCAGUGGACCUUUCUUCAAGAUUAGAUUUGUUUUAUAUAGGUUUUUCAGAUUUGCAAAUUUACUUGGGUUGGGUUCAGUGCUGUUGUAAGGUAUUUGUAAAUAUGGCUUUAUUCUUUUUUGUUUUCUUCUUUGUAUUGAGUGAACUUUAUUGCGUUUGUAAUUUCAGUUGGCUAAGUAAUCUGCUGCUGUAGCCAGACCGUUUUUUAAUUUGGUAAGUUUUAGUUUUUUACCCCUUCCUAUGUUUGUUUAUUUGUAGAAAUGGUAACAACAACACAAAUAAAGAAAAAGCUUAAAUUUGUACUACAGAUUUGAAACAUUUGGAUGUUUUCUAUAGCAAGAGAUGUAUAUCCAUGCAAUUUCAAAUUUGGGCAAAUAAACAUUCUCUUAAAUGG